CUUGGCAAACGAUUUACUCUAAUCAGCGCCACUUACACUUGAUAUAAAAGAUAAGCAACACAGUGUGUACAGUGUGUCCCACGUCUUAUCUUUUGGAUGGGCGUUGUUUCGCGAAUCCGUGCUAGCAAAAAAUAAUAAUAAUAAUAAUAAUAAUAAAUAAAAUAUAUAUAUAUAUUUUUUUUACUUAUUCCAAUUUAAAUAAAAAAAAAUGAGUAACGAGGUAGCAAAAAAGAAAGCCAAGCCUCAAUCUGACAAGAAAACAUCGAAAAGGAAGGCGAAACGAAGGGAGACAUAUGCUGUAUACAUAUAUAAAGUUCUCAAACAGGUACACCCGGACACUGGAAUCUCCAGCAAAGCAAUGAGCAUCAUGAAUUCGUUCGUUAACGAUGUGUUUGAACGAAUUGCUACAGAGGCUUCUCGGUUGGCACAGUACAAUAAGCGCUCCACGAUUACCAGCCGUGAAGUGCAAACGGCCGUCCGCCUACUCCUUCCCGGGGAGCUUGCUAAGCACGCAGUGUCAGAGGGAACCAAAGCUGUUACAAAGUACACCAGCUCCAAAUAAAACCGUGACAUAAUGAAAUUGUGCAUUAUGAUAAUGUAAACUUUCAACUCUUAUGAAAAGGAACUUUUAUUACACUACUUUCUGGGGUAAUUUGCAAUGUUUAAAUAAAGUUUACACUGCAUCACCUCCCGAUAUAUUUUUUUUAUGCUUGCAUAGAACUUACGGUGUUUUACUAACUCGUUGAAACUUAACACCAUAAUUUAAAACCUUUCCGCUAAUCGGACCUUUCUGUUGGGGGCGGUUUUAAGGACGUCCGUUCAAAUAUUAGUGUUGUCUUUAAGAGUUUAAUUCCUCUCAGAGAGCGGAAAGUGGAACGAGACUAACGUCUCCGCCCCCCAUCUAUUUUUUUCUUUUUCGUCUCUUCGCCAGACUGGAAAUAAGCGUGCGCUGUCGAUCAGUUGUUAUGGAGAUAGUAAACAAAGACACCAGCGUGCAUCUCCUGCAGCUUGUGCAUUUUUUCCUCCUUAAGAAGUGAUUUAACGUGCUUCGUGAAAAGAUUUUGUUUCUUCUUUCAGCUUUAAUCGGACAACAUUUAAGGAUGGCUCGGAGCACUUACAAUUUGAUGUGGAAUGAUGCCCAUUUGGAGUUAGAAAACAUCCUUAUUCAAGAGACUUCUGAAAAACCACAUUCUCCAGAAAAGGACAGAGUGGUUUUCUUCCAACAACUGGCUACACUUUAUGUGCGUUACAUACAGAUCUUUCGGAGACUUGAAACCGCAUAUGAUCAGAUGGCACAUCCACAGAAGAGACGUGUGUUGCAACUGGUACUGGAUGGUGUAAUGGGGCGCUUGGUGGAAUUAAAAAAUGAUAUGGUUGAAAAGGAGUUUUCUGAGUACCAUUACAUGGAUGAUAUUAUCCAGGACCUUAAACUGACACCAGGUGACCUUGAGAUCCCAACUCCAAGGUACUUUAUUAGAGAGAGAGCCAAGGUUCUGCAGGAGCGAGCGAAGAUGCUGUCUAGAAUUCUUGAGAAAAUGGAAAAAAAGGAAACAAUAACUGUCACAGCUGUGAGAACUCUAACAGUGGAAGAAGCCAUUAAAUUUAUACAAAUUGCUGAAAGAGCUCGGCAAGGCAGACUGAGAGCUAAAUUCAUGAAAGAGAUCCGAGAGAAUGAAGAGAAACAAAGACUCUUCAAGGAGAAAGGCAUAAGAAAUUCUGACCAGAAUGAAGCAGCAGUGCAAAUUCAAAGGUUCUGGAAAGGAUUUAUUCAGAGAAAGAAAACAAAGAGGGAGCGAGAUGAUGAGAUGAUCUUUCUAGGAAUGUGUUAUGGACCUGAGGAUAGCCAGCCAUCUCCCACAUUAAUUACUGCUAAAUCUGCGGAGAUACAUAAUCAUCAACAGCAGGAUAUAUAUGAACAGGAAUUCCAGCAAGCACUGCAAACCACCAAAGAAAAACUUCUUGAAAUGGAAGGAACUAACAUGAGAGAAAACAUGAAAAAUCAAAUCCGUCAGUGGUUCAUUGAGUGCCGCAACUUAGCUGGGACAUUUCCUGAUUAUCCAGAGGAGGAAGAUGGAGGUUCAGCCCUGAUAUUUCAAGAAAAAAACCCUGCACAGCUCCAAACUGAACUGGCAGCUAAGGAUACAGAAAAAGAAGCAAAGAGUAGAAAAAUGCAAGAAAGCAAUAAACAAAAUGAUGGGAUCAAGUCAAAAGCUGCAGAGGAAGAAGAGCCUGGUUUGAAAUUGCUUCCCUCAUGUUUCCUGCCACAGAUAAUAGAUGGACACAAUGUUUAUAAAACUGUUUGGCAACACCGUGAUGAAACCGCUAACUUUCAUCAGAGACAUGAUCUUGAACUUAUCAAAGAAGAAAAGAGGAAAGAGAUAGAGACUGAAAUCAGACAACAGGUGGAUGAGUUAAUGAGAGAAGAGCUUAAAAACCUUAAACUGGCCGUAGAUAAAGAUAAAGGUGGUAGGACGAAAACAAGUAAAAAGCAAAAGAAAAAGAAGGGUGGAAAGAGUGGAAAGAAAAAAAAGAAAGAGAAAGAUUUGACCAGUGAUAGAACUAUUGAAUCUUUGUACCAGGAGCUGGUGGAGCAGGGGAUACUUAAGCAAGCUAAUAAUGUAACUUUAAAAGAUUAUUUGGGAGAAUACAGCUAUCUGGGAACAACUUUACGUCAAACUGAUAUUGAGCCUAUGCCAUCAUUGUCUGAUGUACGACAAGUGAUAUCCCUGAAUGCUAUUUUACCUUUAGGUUCUGCAUGUGUUCAUGAAAAUGCACCUCUUGUAAAGUCCAUCCUUUUAGUAGGUCCCAAAGGAGUUGGCAAAAAAAUGUUGGUCCAUGUUAUCUGUACUGAAACAGGGGCAAACCUUUUUGAUCUAUCCCCUCUGAAUAUUGCUGGCAAAUACACGGGAAAGAGUGGUCUACAAAUGAUGCUCCACAUGGUGUUCAAGGUUGCCAGGCAACUACAACCCUCAGUUGUAUGGAUAGAUGAUGCUGAAAAAACAUUUUAUAAGAAGGUACCUAAAGAAGAAAAGGAGUUAGAUCCAAAGCGCCUCAAGAAAGAUUUACCAAAGAUCCUAAAAUCUAUUAAAACUGAAGAUCGUGUGAUGAUAGUGGGAACCUCCCAACAACCAUAUGAGGCAGAUCUCAAAAGCCUUUGCAAGAUAUAUAACAAAAUAAUUCUUAUUCCUCGGCCAGACUAUGCUACUAGAUUUGUAAUAUGGAGUCAGAUAAUCAAGAAUAAUCAUGGCAUCAUCACAAAAAAUUUAGACAUAAGCUCUUUGGCAAAGAUCUCUGAUGGAUACACUCAAGGUAGUAUGAUACAAGCUGUCAAAACUGUUCUUAAUGAGCGACGACUUGACCAGAUGGUGACAAGGCCACUCACUGCAGCCGAAUUUCUAGCCCCUUUAGCUAAAAUGGAGCCGGUAUUUAAAGAGGAGGAAGAAGCUAUUAAGAGCUGGUAUGCUAAAACUCCUCUUGGGAAAAAAAGAGUAAAGGCUGCUGUUGGCAAAGAAGGAGACGAGGAACACCAUAGUGCUGGAAAAGGAGGCAGUGGAGAUAAAAAGUGAUCAUCAAAACUUGAUAAAAAUGAUUGAUUUAUUUACAACUGAAAUUACAAGCUCCAUCUUGAGACUAUUCUGCAGAAUACUGCAACCUGCUCAAAAAUGUGUUUACCCACGGAAAUUAAAUGUUAUGAAUUCAAAAUAUUACUGGGCAUACAUGUCACUCCUGUCUACCUCUGAAUAAGAGAUGCUUUUAAGUGCAUGUUAUUAUUGUGUAUUGUUUCAUACUGUAUCAUUUUUAGAAGUUUAUUAGCCAUAGGGUGUGAAAGUUUACAAUUGACAUAUGGAAAAUGCCUGGCUGUCUUAUGUCAAUACUGGCAAAUGAUUAUUUAGGUUUUAUUUAAAAAUGUUUUUUUUUCUUAAUUGAUAUCUGCAUUCAAUUCUAAAAAAGUUGAGAAGU